GUGUUCCUGAGGAAAAUACAGAGCUGAGAGCUCCAUUUUCUGCUGGUCUUCCGCACCUCACAAGGAAAGAUCUAGACGGCUAUGAAAUUUAUCUUCUGUUUGAGUGUCCUUGCUGGGACAUUUUUCCCCGCUCACUCAUCUGUGCAGAAAGAAGACCAUGCCCCCUAUUUGGUAUACCUCAAGUCUCACUUCAACCCCUGUGUGGGUGUCCUCAUCAAAAGCAACUGGGUGCUGGCCCCUGCUCACUGCUACCUACCAAACCUGAAAGUGAUGCUGGGAAAUCUCAGGAUCAGAAUCAGAGAUGGGACAGAGCAGAUAAUUGACCCUAUCCAGAUUGUCCGUUACUGGAACUACAGUCAUAGUUCCCCCCAGGACGACCUCAUGCUCAUUAGGCUGGCUAAGCCCGCGAUCCUCAACCACAAAGUCCAGCCCAUUCCCCUCGCCACCAGCACCGUCAAGCCAGGCACAGUCUGUGUGCUUUCAGGCUUGGACUGGAGCCAAGACAACAGUGGCAGACACCCUGAUUUAAGGCAGAACCUGGAGGCCCCCAUGAUGUCUGAUGCAGACUGCCAGAAAACCGAACAAGGAAAAAGCCACAGAAAUUCCAUAUGUGUUAAAUUUGUGAAAGUGUUCAGUCGAAUUUUUGGGGAGGUGGCCGUUGCUACUGUCAUCUGCAAAGGCAAGCUACAGGGGAUCGAGGUCGGACACUUCAUGGGAGGGGAUGUGGGUAUCUACACCAAUGUUCAGAAAUAUAUCACCUGGAUUGAGAACGUCACUAAAGACAAAUAAGACCAUACUACUCCCUCUGCAUCCCAGUGGCUCUGCCAUUGACAAUACUAACCACAACUUUCCCCAAAUUCAAAAUAAAACGUCCAAAUAGAAAUAUCUGGAUGUAUCACACCA